GGUCAAACAAAGUUGAUAUAUAAAUAUUCAACACCCUUGCCCCUCUAAAAACUUGUCACAAAAAUGACUCUUUUUCUCCCUUCAAUAUUUCUUUUGAUACUAUCUUCACUUGCCCAAUUUUCAUCUUCAAACCAAAUUCAACACAACUUCCAUGAAUGUCUUUCUAUCAUCCAAACCCCCAACACUUUCUUCACCCCUCAAAGCCCUAACUACACGAUCAUUCUCAAUUCAACAGCGGAAAAUCUUCGUUGCAUAACCCCUUCAAAUCCCAAACCCGAGCUAAUUUUCACCCCCUUGAAUGAAAGUCAUAUUCAAACCGCCGUUAUUUGUGCCAAUAAGCUCAAGAUUCAACUCCAAUUUAGAAGUGGAGGCCAUGAUUAUGAAGGGAUCUCUUACACGUCCGCUAUGGACCCUCCGUUUGUUCUUAUUGAUUUGUCGAAGAUGCGUGCCAUUAACGUUGAUCUUGAAGACAAUUCCGUUUGGGUUGAGGCAGGUGCCACAGUUGGUGAACUUUAUUAUAGAGUUGCAGAGAAGAGCAAAACACACGGGGUCGUGGGAGGGCUUUGCACAAGCGUCGGCGUUGGUGGUCAUUUCACAGGAGGUGCGUACGGCUCCAUGAUGAGGAAAUACGGGCUAGGAGUCGAUAACGCGCUUGAUGCAAAAAUCAUCAACGCCAAAGGUGAAAUCCUGGAUAGAAAAUCAAUGGGCGAGGAUGUUUUCUGGGCGAUCCGAGGUGGUGGAGGGGGGAGUUAUGGAGUUAUAGUUUCAUGGAAACUAAAACUCGUCCCCGUUCCUAGCAUUGUCACAGUUUUCAAUGUUCCAAGAACAUUGGAACAAGGUGCCACUAAGAUUCUUUACAAAUGGCAAUAUGUGGCCCCACAAAUUGAUGAUGAUCUUUUCAUGAGAGUAUUAAUCCAAAACAUGAAUCUACCAAACACAACUAAAAGAACCAUAAGUACAUCUUACAAUGCGCUCUUCCUAGGAGGAGUUGACCGGCUCUUAGAGAUCAUGAACCGAAGUUUUCCCGAGUUGGGUCUGGAUAAAACCGACUGUUUCGAAAUGAGUUGGAUCGAAUCCGUCAUGUUCAUUGCAGGUUUCCCCAAAACCGUCCCGGCCUCCUUCCUACUCACCGCGAAACCAGCUUUUAUUAGCCAGUUCAAAGCUAAAUCAGAUUUUGUUAAAACCCCGAUCCGGGAAACAGGAAUGGAAGGGAUUUGGAAGAGACUAUUACAAGAAGAAAGGCCACUCAUGGUGUGGAAUCCAUAUGGAGGAAUGAUGGGGCGGAUUCCAGAAUCAGCAACACCAUUUCCUCAUAGAAAUGGGGUUCUUUUCAAGAUUCAGUAUGUCAACAGUUGGAUUGGGGAUAGUAAAGAUGCAAUGAAGAAGCAUUACAAGUGGAUCAGAAAGUUUUACAAGUACAUGGGUCAGUAUGUUUCAAAGGAUCCAAGAGAAGCUUAUGUGAAUUACAGAGAUCUGGACCUUGGAAUGAAUGAAAAGAACGGUGAUAAUACAAGUGUUGUCAAGGCAAGUUCAUGGGGAAGAAGGUAUUUUAAAGAUAAUUUCAUGAGGUUGGUGAAGGUGAAAACUGAGUUUGAUCCUGACAACUUUUUCAGGCAUGAACAAAGCAUUCCAUUAGGGUGGUCGCGGCAAAAGGUUUUGCUGCACGGGGUGAGUGCCGCCGUCAAUAGUUGCCGCAUGCGGGGAAAGGGGAGGGAGAGGGUGUAAAGGUGGGGCCGACUAGUUUUCAACCCUUUUCUUAUUCAAACUUAUUUUACUUUUAUAUUGAAAAAGUAAGUAACAACUAACAUUCUACAUCAACAUCAUUUAGAUUUACAUAAUACAUGUUUUAUAUAUUUAGUAUUGUUGAGAAAAAUCACAUUAGUUUUUCAGGUAUGGUAUAUCCUAUAGGCAUAUCGAACAAAAAUCAUUACCAUAACCAUCUGACGCAUGUCAAAUAUCUAUUUUUGUUCGUGUACAUGAAUUUAUUCACAUCAACACGUUCUUGAAUGCAAUUCUCCACAAUUAGUAAUCCAGGUCGCCCACCACCCACACAACCAAAAAUUCUGUUACUACCCAUAGCAAGCAGGUUUGCGAAACAUGAUCCAAUUCUUAUUUUUCAGUUAACCACCAAUAAAGAGAGGUCUGUUGGGUAAUCUUGAUGUUGCGGGUUAUUUACGGGUCAAGUACGGGUUGAGUAGGAUACCGGUAGUGGUUAAAUGAGUUGCCAAGUAGAAAACGGGUCACUAGAGCAUGGAUACGGGUUAGAACCAUGGGUCAUGGAGCUGGAAUGGGUCAGCAGAAUAUUUGGUCCAUGUUGACCGAGUUUCCUGGAAGUGGACGUUUGGAAGUUAACAUGGGGUUUGUUCCAAAAUAACAGGAGAACAUGGGUUUAUUUUAGCAUGUGUUUGUUUAUGUUUUUCAUUAUAAAUAGCAUUAGCAGUGUACGUAGAAUAAAUAUCUCUUGUACUCUCAUUUUUCAUUUAAGCAAGAAAUAUAGCAUUAAACUUUGUGUGUUU